CCUCCCGGGCACGCCAGGGCUCCCGGCAAGCGGCGCCUUCAGCACGGCGACGGGGGAAGCCAGGCGGGCCGGGGAGGGGGAAGCGGAGCACGCCGAGCCCGAGAGCCGGCUGAGGAGAGUGGCGGCGGAUCCCGGUCCCGGCAGCCGCGGGAGGAAGCGGAGAGGCGGGGGCAACGAUAAACGGGCGCCUGGCGAGGGAGGAGGGGAUUCGCCGCGGAGUGCGGGUGUAACGGAGCAAUGAAGCGCUUUGCUGAGAGAGCCGCGGGGAGUCGGCCUCUCGCGUUCCGUUACUUCUGCCACGGACGGAUCAUCUAACUCGAGAUACACGAUCGAGAGCUGUCUCCGUUGCUCCAAACACUUAAGUAGACUCGAGCUGCCCGGCGUCAGCAGAACCGGAGUAACGUGCUUUCGCGGUACGUGGGCUUUGGGCUCCAGAGCCUUCGCACUCCUCCGGCUCAAAGGCAUGUUUUUCGGGUUUUCUUUUUCCCCUAUAUCGCUCACUGCAUUUGAAGCUUUGGCCAGGCUGGAAUGAAUGUGCGAGUUCAGCUGUGCAAUACCGUCACUAUCUGCAGGACAAAAAAAAAAACAAAGCCAAAAGCCUGCAGUACAGAAAGAAAAAUGUGGAAAUGGGGAAAAGAUUUAUGUAGGGACAUGAUCCAAAACAGCAUUAAAAAUGGAAGCAAUGUUAAAACUAGAUAAAAAAAUAAAAAUAUUACAUUUGUAAUGUUACUUGCCCAAUUGUGGAACAUGGGUGAUUCUGUUGGCUGGCGAUACCCCCUUAAACAAAUUCUACUAGGAUUUGACUCAGUUUAUAUAGCUAUUAUGCCACUAUUCUUCACCUUAGCUUUUGUGGUUUCAUAUUCCAAGAAACAGAAUAAAUUAUCUUGUAUAAUGGAAUGAGGUGUCUCUUUCCAGGUAGGAGAAGGAUGCUGCAGCCAUUACAGUGCUGGACAGUAUCUUGAAGCACCUGCAUUUAUUCUUUUCUUGUACUCUGCCACACUUCCUCAGUGAAGUUGGGAUAAAUGGGUGUGUAUGUCUUUUCCCCUGAUCUAAAGCGGUUCCAUGUCUUGUUUGGACUGCUCCUGUAUUCUACGUACACCAGUUGAAUCAAUCAGACCAGAAGAGCUAUCUGAGAGCAGCAUCCAUGAAUGCCUAGCUGAUUCUGAUCUAGCCUGGAUUCCCCCAUCUGUAGGAAGGAAUGAAAUGGUAUUUUGCUCUUCUAAUGUCUCUCACUAUGAACUCCAGCUGCAAAUAGGAAGGAGGUUCAACAACUUAACUUCAAUCUACCUUGCACGGCAUACGCCUACAGGCAUGCAAGUUGCUGUAAGGAUCACAGACCUAGAAAAUUGCUCUGAAGAGCAUUUGAAAGCCUUACAGCAUCCCAAUGUAAUGACGCUUUGGACAGUGUUUACAGCUGGUAGUUGGCUUUGGGUCAUCUCCCCAUUCAUGGCCUAUGGUUCAGCUAGACACCUGCUGAAGACCUAUUUUCCUGAAGGGAUGAGUGAAGCUUUGAUAGGGAACAUUCUAUUUGGUGCAAUCAGAGGAUUAAAUUACAUGCACCAGAAUGGCUACAUUCACAGGAAUAUUAAAGCUAGCCACAUUCUGAUUUCACGGGAUGGGCUGGUUUCUCUCUCUGGGUUAAACAACCUCUACAGUUUAGUCAACAAUGGACAAAAGUCAAAGGUGGUAUAUGAUUUCCCCCAGUUUAGUACAUCUGUGCUUCCUUGGCUGAGUCCUGAACUACUGAGACAGGAUUUAUCUGGGUAUAACAUGAAGUCUGACAUUUACAGUGUAGGAAUUACAGCAUGUGAAUUAGCCAAUGGACAUGUUCCAUUUCAAGAUAUGCCUCGCACUCAGAUGCUGCUGCAAAAGCUGAAAGGUCCCACAUACUCUCCUUGGGAUAUAAAUACAUUUCCUCGUGGGGAAUCCAGGAUAAAGAAUUCCCGGUCAGGUGUUGAUUCUGGAAUUGGUGAGAGCAUGACACACACAAUGACCAGUGAAAGACUACAAAUUCACUUUUCCAAAACGUUUUCACCUGCUUUCCACAACUUGGUGGAACUCUGCUUGCAACAGGACCCUGAGAAAAGGCCAUCAGCAAGCAGUUUGCUUUCGCAUACGUUCUUCAGACAGAUAAAAGAACAAACGCAGAAUUCACUACUGUCUCUAUUACCACCUCCUAUUCAAAAUAACAGAUCAGAGUUCUUGGCACUGCCCUCAGCAACAGUUGGGACUGAACUUGGACAUAUUACUGCAAAUCAAGAUGAUACAGACUGGGAAUUCUAAAUAAAUACCAAACAAUCAUACCUCUCCUGUGCUUCAAAGAAGGAAAAUGUGAUUUUUAUUUGCUGCUUUAGUUUGUAUGGUUAAGAUACAGUAAUAUGAGAUAUACUUGAAAAUGCCAUUGAAGUGGCCCUAUUUCAUUAACUAUUUUGUUGGCAUAAUGAAAUGCAGCGUGCCUCCCUUUCUGACCAUAGGGAAAACUGUAUGUAGAGAAUAGCUGAAUGCUUAUCUACCUUUCAGAAUAUUUCUUAAGAGAGUUCCUGCUGUAAUCUUACUGUGUGCUGUAUUUUCAGCUCAUAUUGCUGCACUCCAUGUGCCUUUCUGAAUUCAGGCUUGGGUUUUGAUGGGGAUCUUGCUGAAACAAUCUGUCUUUUCAUUAUCACCUGAAUUAUUUUAGUGAGGAGAAAUCUUCCACUUCCAAGUCUAAAUUUGAAACUGCACAAAUUAAUUGUUUAUGGAGAUAUAUGUUUCUCUUUUCAUACAUCCAAAAGGCAUUUUUAUCAUUUGCUGUGCUGUCAUACUUGCCGAAAGUUAGCUAUGCAUAAUAUUUCAUGCAGUUUUAAUACUGUGUGUUUCCCAAAGAAGUUAAGGUACUUGGAAAUGUGACUCAUACUCUUGCAUUUGUCUACAUUCUUAAUACAAAUUUGUGGGUUUGCAUCUCCAUUUAUUGUUGUCAUUUUAGCAGUUCAUCUGAGGAUCUCUUACUAUGCAAUAAAAGUCUCAAGUUACAACAGUACGGGUUAAGUUUGAAGAACCACAUUAAAAAAUCUGAAGUUAUUGUACAUAUUUUUAUUUAUACUGUAUUCAUGUUCACCAGGACUUACCAGAACCUAGUACUGUUUUCUUAAAAGAACAGGUAACGUGCAUUAAGCUUCACUGCACUGCUGCUGGCAAGCAAGAGCUUAAAUUCCCAUGGAUAGAUUCACCCAUAACAAAAACCUAAUAAACCUCCUUAGGAUCCUAGUGAACUUACCUGUUUUAAGUCAGAUGAAAAACUGUCUUUCUCCCAACAAUUCAGUAAGUUGUCAUCUCUUAUAUUGUACCAGGCAAUUCAAGCUGUGUUUUAGCAAGUUGGGUCCCAAAGCCACUAGUACUUUACUGAUACAAGUUAUGUCCGUAGGAAAAAAAAGAAAAAAAAAAGUAUAAAUAGCUAUCAAAUGUCUGUAUUUUAUAUUUUCAACAAACAGCAUUUCAUAUUAAGUUUUCCAUAGCUGAGCCAGUCUGCAACAAGCCUUGAGAAUACUGCUGUUUUGUCAGGAGCUUUACUACAAAGCCUUGAAGACCAAAUGACUGAAAUACAAGCCUGAGACUGACACAAAAUUCUAACUGACCACAUUAAAGUAUUAACAAAAAAGUUGAUUCUACUCAUUAUGCUGUGAAGAGAGAGCUCUAUAUUUCAAAUCUUAAUAUGUGAAACUUCAGAUUAAAAAACUUCCAAUAAACUUA